AUGUGUCCACAAAGCAAACAUCAUGCUUACAAAGCAGAAUUUCUUACAGUUAAUUUCUGUCAUUACAUGACAGCCGGUUCAUAUAUGUUCUGUGCAUCCAUAGCCUUGGUAACCACUCUGCUCGGGGCCACACCCUAUGAAUGUGCCAACAUGGGCUGCCUGCGCAUCAUGGGCUUUGCCAUAGGCGUUGGGUGUGUUUGCAGCUAUUUUCAUGAGCUCACACGAGUUCCAAUGCAUCUGCCAUUGUUUUCGAGUGUGUGUGUGUGUGUGUGUGUGUGUGUGUGUGAACUGCUUAUCUCCAUUUUUGUAUCUACUGGGAUCUUCCCGCUAAUUCACGUGGAUCCCAUGUGCAUACAGGUGCCCCAGUGA